AUGAGGAGUUUUGGAGUCAACCCUCUCAUGAUCGCCGAAAUUGGAUUUUUCAACUCCGCUCGAAGACUAAAAGUGACGUUUCCAAAUUCUCGUGUACGCUCUCAAAAGACUGAGACUUCUCGGAAAAAGUACGUGAAGAUCUUUGUGAACAGAAUAACCAGCAGUACAAGUAACAUGGACGCCACCUGGAUAUUUACCAACAUUAUUUUGGUAGCAACCCUGAUAAUGUGUUCAAAAGCAUGGCGUCUCAAUGUUACGUCAGAAGAAAUCGAAAUCGGUAAGACAGCACAAGUUUCUCUUAACUGCUACAACCCCUAUCAGCAGCCGGACAUUUCGGAAAUCCUGUUGAUGAGAAUCCAGAAAAAACAUUUGAGCGGAUGGUCCAGUGUUGCGGAACUUCGCGACGAUGAUGUGGACGUCAGACUAACAGCUAAAGAUGUGACCGCUACGGGCAGUAUUGUCUCCGGGGCUAACAGCUAUAUGCGGCUUUCUUGGCCAUUGGCAACGAAUGAUACAAUCGGUGUGUACCGUUGUGAUGUCACUAUUUUGAAUUCCCACGGCAGUAUCGGGUGGCAGAAAAGCCUACCGACUUCCAUCACUCGUAAGAGUGACGUCACUGUUCAGAUCCUAUUUGAAAUAGUAGAAGAGAACAAGAGACAGUGUUUGCAACAAAAGCACGACAUCAAGGAAUACGUAGCAGCAGCCAAAGAGGAGAACCGGAAAAAUAGUCUUAAAGAAAAACAAGACGUUCUCCAGAACAUGACGGCAACUUUGAAGGCGCUUGAAGCGAGUUUUGAGAGCAAGCUGGAAAGACAGAUAGAGAUUCUGGAGAACGUGGCAGCUGCCUUGGACAGGAACAGGAAAGAGGGUCUUCAACAGAGCCAAGACCUCCUGGUUAACGUGACUUCCAUCAUGGAGGAUCUCGAAGUCAGUUUUGAGCGCAAGUUGAGCGUUGUCAAAAGCCAGUUACUGUCCCAGUCGUGCGCCAGUGCUAAGGGUUUGGGUCCUCGGCCGGUGGUCCGUCUCUCUAGCGGUCAACUUGUAGUCUGUGACACGGUGACCGACCAAGGCGGCUGGAUCGUGAUACAGAGACGUGUUUCGGCGGACGUUGAUUUUUUCCGUGGUUGGGCGGACUAUAAGAACGGAUUUGGUGACCUGUCUGGGAUAAGGUUGCUUCAAUUGUCCUCACGUUCUCAUCACCAGGAGAGAUACGAACUAAGGUUCGAUUUGAGAUUCCAGGGAAAAAACUACUACGCCAGCUACGACACCUUUUCGCUGUCUGGAGAAACAGACAAUUACAAAAUUCAACUUUCCGGAUUUUCGGGUAAUGUAACUGGGGACAACAUGUCUUAUCACAAUGGGGCGGAGUUUUCAACCAAAGACCGUGACAACGACUUAUGGCAUCGAAACUGUGCCAGCGUCCACCACGGGGCUUGGUGGUACAGGGUCUGCCGUCAAGUGAACCUCAACGGACUGUGGGGCAGUACAGGAGGCCCAAAAGGCUUGAGUUGGCGCAGCGUAACCCUUGGUUCUGUCUCCUUCAGCGAAAUGAAAAUUCGACCAUUUGCUAAAUGA